GGCAUUUUCUCAGAAUUGUUACAUUUAUGUGAUUUCAGGAGCUGAAGGAUUGUGAGCAAAAAGGAGCCACUCCCUUGGUCCAGCGUGCGGAAUGGAGCUUGCCGGAGCUUGCACAGGAGGAGGCUCGCCAGACGGAAUCCCCUCCCACCCAUUCUUCUUAUACAUCAGCCAGAGAACAUGUGCGCACCUCGUCAUUGCUACACUGGCAACAACACGGCGGCAGCCCUCAAGCCCUCGCCUACACAGUCCCUCCGCGCUCAAACACCUGCACUGCCCGGUGCCUCCUUCGCUACUCAGUGAGGUAACCCAGGAUUAUGGAACUUUGAAAACUGAAUACAUCAGCUCUAGAUGUUGAUAUUUUUCAAGAAAAAAAAAGACUUUUUCUUCUGACAAUUCACUUUACUGAUCUGAAGCUGAGUUCAUCCCCAUAAAGCUCUUUAAAAGACAGUAUAUAUUCUGUAUACCUUGAACAUCGGCAAGACUUGCUUUUCUACUUCAGAUGCCUAAGAACAGUAAGGUAGUAAAGAGAGAGCUGGAUGAUGAUUUUGUGGAAUCUGUUAAAGAUUUACUUUCCAAUGAGGAUUCAGGGGAUGAAAACUUUAAGAAGAGUUCGCUGGUGGUCCAUAGAGAUUUAGAUAAGGACAGAGAUAUUGAAGAAGGUUCUGAUAUUGACGAUGAAAGACCGGCAUGGAACAGCAAACUGCAGUACAUACUUGCACAGGUUGGAUUUUCAGUUGGCUUGGGGAAUGUAUGGCGCUUUCCCUAUUUGUGCCAGAAGAAUGGCGGAGGUGCCUACCUAGUGCCAUACUUAAUCCUUCUUCUGGUAAUUGGAAUUCCAAUCUUUUUCUUGGAGCUGUCGGUGGGGCAAAGAAUAAGGCGGGGAAGUAUUGGGGUCUGGAACUAUAUUAACCCUAAAAUGGGUGGAAUUGGAUUUUCAAGCUGCAUUGUUUGCCUUUUUGUGGCACUAUACUACAACGUCAUUAUUGGAUGGAGUCUAUUUUAUUUCUCCCAAUCUUUUCAGCACCCUCUGCCUUGGGAUCAGUGUCCUUUGGUGAAAAACGCUUCAAACGCUUUUGUGGAACCUGAAUGUGAAAAAAGCUCUGCCACUACCUAUUACUGGUACAGAGAAGCACUUAAUAUUUCAAACUCAAUCGCAGAAGGGGGAGGGCUAAACUGGAAGAUUACAGUUUGCUUGCUCGCUGCUUGGAUUUUGGUCUGUCUUGCUAUGAUCAAGGGCAUCCAGUCAUCGGGGAAAGUGAUGUACUUCAGUUCUCUGUUCCCGUAUGCGGUGCUAACUUGUUUUCUUGUGCGGGCCCUGCUUUUAAAUGGUUCAGUAGAUGGAAUUCGCCACAUGUUUACACCAAAGCUUGAAAUAAUGCUUGAGCCCAAAGUCUGGCGAGAAGCUGCCACUCAAGUGUUCUUUGCGCUGGGCCUGGGAUUUGGAGGAGUUAUUGCUUUUUCAAGUUACAACAAAAGGGACAACAACUGUCAUUUUGAUGCUGUUCUGGUGUCCUUCAUCAACUUUUUCACAUCUGUCCUGGCAACACUGGUGGUGUUUGCGGUGUUAGGAUUCAAGGCAAAUAUUAUGAAUGAGCAAUGCAUUUCCAAAAACACAGUCAAGAUUGUAAAAUAUUUGGAAGCUGGCAAUCUCAGUUUGAGUUAUGUCCCACAUCAUGUCAAUUUUUCAAGUAUGUCAACACAGGACUAUAGCUUGGUCUACUACAUAUUUCAGAAAAUAAAAGAAGAAGAAUUUGACAGCCUUGGGCUGGACCCCUGUCAGAUAGAAGAUGAACUUGACAAGUCAGUCCAAGGGACUGGGUUGGCUUUUAUCGCUUUCACUGAAGCUAUGACACAUUUUCCCGCUUCUCCAUUUUGGUCAGUGAUGUUUUUUCUCAUGUUAGUAAACUUGGGCCUUGGCAGUAUGUUUGGAACCAUUGAAGGCAUUAUAACUCCCAUUGUUGAUACGUUUAAAGUACGGAAGGAACCCCUCACUGUUGGAUGCUGCCUGCUUGCAUUUUGUAUUGGCCUACUCUUUGUACAGAGGUCAGGAAAUUACUUUGUUACUAUGUUUGAUGACUAUUCUGCUACAUUACCACUGCUGGUUGUGGUCAUUUUAGAGAAUGUUACAAUUGCCUGGAUAUAUGGCAUAGACAAAUUCAUUGAUGAUUUAAAGGACAUGCUUGGAUUUACCCCAUACAGAUAUUACUACUAUAUGUGGAAAUACGUCUCUCCUGUCUUGUUAACUAUUCUUCUGAUAGCAAGUAUAGUUCAGAUGGGUAUCAGUCCACCAGGCUACUAUGCAUGGAUCGCAGAAAAGGCCGGUGAAGAACUUAAAAGUUAUCCUCCAUGGGGCCUCGCUGUCUGUAUAUCACUAAUUGUACUUGCACUGUUGCCUGUGCCAUUAGUGUUCAUCAUCCGCUCCUGUAACCUCAUUGAUGAUAGCACUGGAAGCCUGGCAUCGGUGUCCUAUAAAAGAGGAAAAAUGAUCAAAGAAACAUCAAAUCUCGAAGAUGACGCAAGCUUAAUCCACGAGAAGAUUCAAAGCGAAAUGUCAUCUCCAAAUAUUGGAAGUAGCAUUUAUCGAAAGCAGAGCGGAUCACCAACAUUAAAAGUGGAUACUGCUCCGAAUGGACGUUACGGCAUUGGGUACCUAAUGGCAGAUAUGCCAGACAUGCCUGAAUCAGACUUGUAGUUGACGCAACAAAAAGUACUUUGGUACUGCACAUUUAUUCUUCUUAAAAGGAGAGGUUGGCUUUAAUGGAAUCAAAGUUGUUUAAUGUUCAUGGAAUCAAUAAUCCAGUGUUUAAAAGAGAGGGUUAUAAUAUACAAUCCACUCUUGUUACUAGGCCUGAGGUGUACUGGAUAAAGCUCUUGUUCUUAGUUCUUUCUAGGAUCUUUACUACUUGGUGUCUUACCUCUCUGUGCCUAACUUUGUCCCAGUAUUGGUUUCUUUUUCUAAAAACAAUACUUCAGCAUACAAGAUCUUUGUACUGUCUUACAUUUAUGCAUACGAUCGACCAGUUGUAAGAACAGUAAGUACAGCAAGUCAGUAAAAGCACUUAUCACCAACGAACCAGUCACACACACCAAAUGUAAGUGCAGUAUUAACAGGGAAGUCGGGUGCUGCAUAUACAUACUCUUCAAGCCAUAAUAUUUUGGUUUUGUUUAUUUUUGAGCUUUAAUUCUAAGUCACUGUGCUUAAGCACCUUAGAAGGUAACCAGGGAUGUAUUAUAUUAUAGCAUCAGCUAACCUUCCCCAAGUCAAAUGUUUUAACAUUAGAUAGUUGAGAUCAUUUAAUUAUCCUCAGUAAUAUCUUAACUCAGAGCAAAAAGAGCAACUUUUAAUGCAAAUCUGCAUAACUUU